GAGGAGGGCUAUAAUCGUCUUUUUUAUCUCGUGCAUUCUCUUCUACGUUGAGGAGUCUAUUUUCCCUGUCGUGAAUGGCCUCUCCACGAAACCGGACAGCUUCGAUGAUCGCUGCAAAGCAAAGUAAUUUUCGAGCUUAAUGGAUGAUAUUUAUGCCAAAGUAGAGGUUUACCCUGAUCACUUCCAAGAGAGUGAAGAAUCUGAUGAUGUCCUGCAAUCAAGGAAAAGAAAUGGUUCUUCGUUAAGAUAUCGCAGUCAUUCGUGGGCGGUAAGGAAAGUGAUAGAUUCUGCUUCAAUGUUGAACUUGUUUCGCCUGUCACGUUUUCCAUGGUCAUCUGACUCUUGUGAUAAUGAUAAGGUGGAGCUAAGUGUUGCAGAAGUAGAAUCUCUUCGCUCUGAAAUUGCAUAUGCUGAAGAAAGGGAAGCUCAUUUGAAAGCACAGUUGGAACAUAUAGAUGAACUAUUGAAAGUUGCACAACUUUCGGGAUAUCUGCAUAUUAGAACUAGAUGGCCGGAACUUCCCGGGGAACCACCUAUCUUAGAUGAUGAAGAAGUUAAUGAUUGGCUGCCUCGAUUUGUUGUGCUUCAUGGACAAUGCAUCUUCUAUUACCUUAAAUCUACUGAUUUGAGUCCUCAGGAUACUACAAUGUUGGUCGACAUUGUUGAAGCUGGGCCUCUCGCAAGUUUUUUACACGAAGAUGAACAAAGAAGAUAUGCAUUUUACAUUUUAACAACCCUUGGGUUAAGAUUUGAAUGUUCAAGUGCCUCGAAAAUGCAGGUGGAUUCAUGGCUGGCAACCAUACAAAAUGUUUGUAAGCUGGCGCCUCUGAAGGACCCAUUUGAUUUGGAGUAUGUGGAUGAUCACUCUGCCAUGUAAAUAUAUCUUUACGCUGCUAUAUAACUCCAUGUUGGACUGAUAAAUAACCAUUUUUUUAGACUUAAAAUAUAGAACAAAUUGCAUCAAUUUAUGUGGCAUUAGACUUACUUUCUGUUGAAUGUAUAGCUUCAGGGAUCAAUUUGGCACUUCACUUGCUUGAAUGAUUGUACAUACCUUUUCCGUUUUUUGACAUUGUAAAUGUACAUAAUGUUGUGAACAAUGAGUUUGAACA